AUGUGGUCCAAUCUGUUUACAAGUAUUCUAACCCUAGUCCCAAUGCUAGGUAAUUUAGCAUUGGGAUAUGAGGUUCAGACUGGCCCGCUUGACACUGACUGGACUUACUCGGUAGGGACUAACCCUUGGCCGGAGUAUCCACGACCACAGCUCCAGCGGUCUCAAUGGCAAAACUUAAACGGAAUCUGGAAGUGGAAGAAGGCAUCUUACCCAGGCGAGGCCUUGCCAGAGAGCCACAGCUUUCAACACGAUAUAAUGGUCCCGUCGUGUAUUGAAAGCGCUCUUUCGGGUGUAAUGAAGUUGAACCAGACUUAUUCGUGGUAUACGACCGAGUUCAAUGUUCCUCACGGAUAUACACAGAGCGGCAAUAAGGUGAUGCUGAAUUUUGAAGCUGUGGACUAUGAAGCGACUGUUUACGUCAAUGGUGAACUUGUCGGAACACACACUGGCGGUUACUGGCAUUUCAACUUCGAUAUCACAAAGUAUCUCAAAUCCAGCGGCGACAACACACUCCAUGUUUUCGUAUUCGACCCUACGGACGCCCUAGGUUACAUGCACCCUGUUGGAAAACAGACCCGUACGCCUUCUCAUAUCUUCUAUACGCCCUGCACGGGCAUCUGGCAGACGGUUUGGCUUGAGUCGGUUCCGGAAUCGCAUAUCACCCAACUUGAUGUUAUCGCAGACAUGUCUGGGCAAGUCAAUGUUACCGUUGGGACAUCCUGCAAAGGUUCCGAUCCGGUCGUCAUCUCAGUUUUUGACAAUGAUGGCAAGGUCGUGGGUUCUGCAAAGGGUAUCGCGAACCAGCCAUUCGAUUUUGUCGUGAAAUCUCCAGACUUGUGGUCCCCCGAUUCGCCAACACUCUACAACAUCACCGUCAAAUUAGGAGACGAUACCGUAACUUCCUAUACAGGAUUCCGAACAUUCUCCAUUGGAGAGAUAGAAGGUGUGAAGCGACCAUUGAUCAACGGCGAAUUCAUCUUCCAGUUUGGUACGCUUGACCAGGGUUUCUGGCCUGAUGGCAUUUACACCCCACCCAACCGGGAGGCUAUGGUCUCCGAUCUGAAGGUUCUCAAGGACUUGGGCCUCAACAUGCUUCGAAAGCAUAUCAAAGUUGAAAAUGCCCUCUUCUACCAGGCCUGCGACCAACUGGGCUUGCUGCUCAUUCAAGAUAUGCCGUCUAUGCCUCUACGAACGCCUGAUGCGGACCAGCAAACUGACUGGGAACGUCAACUGAACAUUCUCAUCCAGCAGCACAAGAAUUAUCCAAGUAUUUACACCUGGGUCAUUUACAAUGAAGGAUGGGGUCAAAUCACAGAAGGGUACUACCCUGAAUUCAACAUUACCACUCGUAUCAGAGAACUAGACCCCACGAGAUUCGUCGACGCCACGACCGGGUGGCAUGACCACGGUGCCGGUGAUUGGCAUGAUAACCAUCACUACGCGAACCCGCAAUGUGGGACGCCGUUUUAUUCCAUAGAUUCUACUCCUUACGACCAUCAGCGAAUUGCCAUCCAAGGCGAAUUUGGUGGAAUAGGCCACAACGUUUCUGCGGACCACCUAUGGAAAGUAAACGACGCAUUCCUCUCUAUCAACCAGACGUACGAGAUCGACCUGGAUCUCGACGCCUACAACUACCGCGGCCAUCUCUUGUUGAGCGAACUACGUGACCAGAUCGAGAGAUACGCUUGCUCGGCAGCUGUUUGGACUCAAACUACAGAUGUCGAGGGCGAAGUCAACGGGUUCCUCACCUACGACCGCCGGAUACAACGCACUGACAGGAACCAGUGGCGAUCAGAUAUCCAAGCCCUGUACGACACAGCUGCAACCAGGGGCGGCAAGGCAUCCAAGAGGAGAAUGGCCUUGUGA